UAAAUCCAGUGGCUCCAGUGGCUCCAGCGCUACCAGAUCUCUUAUUUCCCGACACCUCCCCAGAAGAAGGACCAACCGGUCUUCCUUUCACCAUCGAACCUUUAUUCCACCUAGAACAAAAUGUUUGAGGACUUUACCUUCGACCAGAAGGUAGAUCCCAACGCCAAACACGACAGUGACCCGAUUCUGUCUCCUAGAGAUGUGUGCGCCCAAAUUUACCACUACCGCUACUUAGCGUCGCCGUCAACGCAACUUGAAGCUGCAACCCCGACUUUGCCUUCAAUUGCAGAAGGCUCCCGUCACCCUCCCAACGCUCAACCAGAUGCUGGGCCGAUGCGGUCUCGCGACGACACUCAUGCACGGUUGAACGAAUCUCGAUUCGCAGACUGGCUAUCACAACAAGUCGCAAAUGCGAACACAAACAUGCAUCGCCUACCCGAGACGAUGGAUGCCCUCUCCCACAAGUUCAGCAGGCAGACUCUGAGAUCAGAAGGAAAACCCGAAUCCGAUAUCAACCCGACGCAAACAGUACCUGAUGAACCGCGGCGGACCGCGAGGGCAUCGUCGGCCGACGGAGUCGCAUUGCCGCCGUCGCAACCCUCAACGCCGUCGCCGAUACUUGCUGCGGACGAUGGAGGUUCGUCAUCUGUGCAACCUCGAGACAUUGGGACGCUCAGGCUCGACACCGCCAUGGGAGAUGCCUUCAAUCUCCCCGAGCCAGACUUGAAGAGGUUACGGCGGCAAUGUGACACCGAGUUCAACAACAAUCCGGCCAAUACGCGUACGAUACAAAACCUCAUGGAGACCAUGAUCGCCAACGGCUCGCAAUGCAACGUGCAGAGCGCCUUGCCUUCACCGGUGUCGACGUCUCGAUCCUCGUUUUCCGGAUUCUCGGACUCGAGUUCAAUCGCCCAGAGCUCGUUGCCCUCGUCAGUUUCAACUUCGCGAUUCGUCGUCCCAGACUUCAAUGCCCUUGCCAGCCUACUCGAGGUGGACGAAAAUGAGGAUGAGACCAUGGUCGAUUAUGAUAUGCCAUUGGAGGUUGAUACGGAAUAUUCUGAACAAGACGAGAGGCAUCUGUACGGCGAUUUGUCGAGGCUGCGGCAAGGCGGCACGACCGGAGGCAUCAGGAAACACCCCCUUAUUUAUCGCCGCUCUGGACAGCCGCCGGGCACAUACGUUACCAAGUACGUAAAUUUGAGGAGAAGCAACCCGAGGAUGAGGAAGAGACCGAAAGUGCCAUCUCCGUCGGAAUUAGCCGAACCAAGGACAGCAUCAUCGUCGAUUUGAUUCGCCGGGCUUUAAUUUUCAUUCUGUAUAUUCGUAUAUCUCGAGGAGUUGUGAGGAGUUGCUCAGAAGUUGCAUAUACCCCCAGGGAAGGUGUUUUGUUGGCGUUGC